UUAGUAUUUAAAUUUUUAUGGGGGACCAUAAGUCUUGGACGCUUUUACAGAAGUUUGGUGACUCGUUACAAACUGAAGAUCUUUCCGAAGUAUAUUACACUACAGCCGACGUAAUUUCCGCUGUUGAAUUCGAGUUAAAUGGCGAUUAUCUGGCGACCGGAGACAAAGGCGGAAGGGUGGUCCUUUUUAACUCGACUUCUUCUAAAAUGGGGCCUAUUUUUAAUUUUUAUGGCGAAUUUCAAAGCCAUGAACCUGAGUUUGAUUAUUUAAAAAGUCUUGAGAUCGAAGAAAAAAUAAAUAGUAUUCGCUGGCUUAAAAAAAGAAAUUUAGCUCAGUUUUUGUUAUCCACAAACGAUAAAACUAUAAAACUGUGGAAAAUUUUAGAGCAAUCUUUAAAUUCCUCAGGCCUUGCGGAUUCUGCAGAUCUUCACAGGGAUUCUGUUAAUGCUUCUUCUGACGAUCAACUGACUUCUAGUACGCCUUCAUGCUCAGUAUUUCCCAGAAGGAUUUACGCACACGCCCACCAGUAUCACAUCAAUUCUAUCUCUUUAAACAGCGACGACGAGACAUUUUUGUCUGCUGACGAUUUGCGCAUCAACUUGUGGCAUAUAGAAAGCAAUAAGGAAAGUUUUAACAUUGUAGACAUCAAGCCGCUAAAUAUGGAGGAGCUAACAGAGGUAAUAACUCGUGCUGAAUUUCACCCUCAAGCAUGUCACUUAUUUGCAUAUAGUACUAGCAAAGGGAUUAUUAACCUCUGCGAUAUGCGAGACUCCGCCUUGUGCGAUAGAAAUUCGAGGGUUUUUAAACUACAGGAAAAUACUAAUUCUCGCACCUUUUUUUCCGAGAUAACAUCCUCGAUAUCGGAUUUGAAACACAGCAGAGAUGGUGCGCCUUUAACCUUCUGCAAAUACUUUUACUCAACACAAGCAAUACAAGGGAGAUUCUUGCUUUCUCGUGAUUACUUGACUGUCAAAAUUUGGGAUCUAAAGAAGGAAGACAAGCCCGUGGAAACCUAUAACAUUCAUGAAAGGCUUAAUAAUAAUCUAUGCGAAUUGUAUGAGAAUGAUUGCAUAUUUGACAAGUUUGAAUGCUCUUGGGAUGGCAGCAACCAAUCCGUGGUGACGGGUAGCUAUGAUAAUAUUUUCCGCGUUUUCGGCACAAAAGAAAAUUUAGAACUUUCCAUCGAGUCCACACAGAGGGAACUUUUUAGCAACGUUAACUUCAACAAGAAAAUCUUGCAUACCACGUGGCAUCCGGCCGCCGAUUUGAUUGCACUCGCUGCUGCUAAUAAUUUGUAUACGUUCGUCAAACCGGUGCCGGGAUAAUAGUUUAUGAAUUUCGAGUGAAUAGGAAGUGGUUUUUAAUAUUUGUCUGCGACUAUCUUUU